CUUGUGUAGACAGUAGGAAAUAAAAUGCGAAAUCGUCCACUUUGACAGACAAUGGCGGCUGACAAAACAAAUAUACCAUGGAUAACAAUGGGAAUAUUGUCAUAUUUUGCCAUUUGCUUGAAAGGAAACACAAUUAAUGAACAUUUCCACCACAACAGAACAAAACACGUCAUCAUCUGAUAAGUGUUAUGUUUGAUCAUGUCAUCACCAAUCAACUACCAGCAUUAGCGGCAUCGUCAUUAUCAUCAUCGUCACCAAUCAACCAUCAGCAUUAGCGGCAUCGUCAUCAUCAUCAUCAUCAUCAUUAUCACCAAUCAACCAUCAGCAAUAUCGGCAUCGUUAUCAUCAUCGUCACCAAUCAACCAUCAGCAUUAGUGGCAUCGUCGUCGUCAUCAUCAUUAUCACCAAUCAACCAUCAGCAUUUAAUUUAGCGGCAUCGUCAUCAUCAUCAUAGUCACAAAUCAACCAUCCGCAUUGGCAGCAUCGUCGUCAUCAUCAUCAUUAUCACCAAUCAACCAUCAGCAUUAGCGGCAUCAUCAUCAACAUCGUCACCAGUCAACCAUCAGCAUUAGCGGCAUCGUCGUCAUCAUCAUCAUCAUUAUCACCAAUCAAGCAUCAGCAUUAGCGGCAUCGUUAUCAUCUUCGUCACCAAUCAACCAUCAGGAUUAGCGGCAUCGUCGUCAUCAUCAUCAUUAUCACCAAUCAACCAUCAGCAUUAGCGGCAUCGUCAUCAACAUCAUAGUCACAAAUCAACCAUCCGCAUUAGCGGCAUCGUCGUCAUCAUCAUCAUUAUCACAAAUCAACCAUCCGCAUUAGCGGCAUCGUCAUCAUCAUCAUAGUCACAAAUCAACCAUCCGCAUUAGCGGCAUCGUCGUCAUCAUCAUCAUUAUCACCAAUCAACCAUCAGCAUUAGCGGCAUCGUUAUCAACAUCGUCACCAAUCAACCAUCCGCAUUAGCGGCAUCGUCAUUAUCGUCAUUAUUAUCACCAAUCAACCAUCCGCAUUAGCAACAUCGUUAUCAUCAUCGUCACCAAACAACCAUCCGCAUUAGCUGCAUCGUCGUCAUCAUCAUCAUUAUCACCAAUCAACCAUCAGCAUUAGCGGCAUCGUUAUCAACAUCGUCACCAAUCAACCAUCCGCAUUAGCGGCAUCGUCAUUAUCAUCAUUAUUAUCACCAAUCAACCAUCCGCAUUAGCAACAUCGUUAUCAUCAUUGUCACCAAACAACCAUCCGCAUUAGCUGCAUCGUCGUCAUCAUCAUCAUUAUCACCAAUCAACCAUCAGCAUUAGCGGCAUCGUCGUCAUCAUCAUCAUUAUCACCAAUCAACCAUCAGCAUUAGCGGCAUCGUCAUCAACAUCAUAGUCACAAAUCAACCAUCCGCAUUAGCGGCAUCGUCAUUAUCAUCAUCAUUAUCACCAAUCAACCAUCAGCAUUAGCGGCAUCGUCAUCAACAUCGUCACCAAUCAACCAUCAGCAUUAGCGGCAUCGUCAUUAUCAUCAUCAUUAUCACCAAUCAACCAUCAGCAUUAGCAGCAUCGUCAUUAUCACCAAUCAACCACAUACAUUAGCGGCAUCGUUAUCAUCAUCGCCUAUCAUCCACAAGCAUAAGUGGCAUCUUCAUCAUCAUCAUCAUCAUCAUAAUCAGCUGCGGAAUAAAUUUGAAAAUACCUAGUAUUCAUUCAAUCUCUAUCAAAUUUAAACGGUAUCAUUGCAUGAAAUACGUAAAACAUUUUAAAUUAACAUGACAUAUCACGUUACGUACAUGUUAAAGUUUUAAGAAAUAAUUUGAAUGAUCCUUCAAUAGUUAUUUUGGAAUGUUUGCAAUAUCAAGAGGUGUGUAAUGACAGUGAGAUUGUCUGCUUAAUCAAGCCCUACAUGGGCUAAAUGUGGCGAUCAAAUGUAACUCAAAUAAUUCUCAGAAUUGAAGAUUUUACUAGCUCUGAGGUUCGUCUCAAACAGCUUAAGGAUGCCAUUGAUAUAAGACAACUGCAGAAAAUGGAUACUGCAAACAUCAGAUCUAACUGGAGGUGAAAGGAUGCUUUUUCAGAACCUUACAUCCGGUUACAAUUCUAUUUCCCGUCCAGUGAGGCACGCCUGGAUGCAUGUAGAGUUGCAGUUUGCGAUAGCCCUGAACCAAAUAUUAGAACUGGACGCAAAACAUGAAGUCCUGUCAACCUAUGUUUGGAUUUACGAAACAUGGUAUGACGAGAAUUUGAAAUGGAAACCAGAAGAUUUCCAGGGAAUAGACAAAAUAAUGUUUUCUGCUCAUAAUAUCUGGCUCCCGGACAUUUACAUAUUCAACAUCGCAGGAAAAUCGUUAGACGGUUUUGUGAACGCUAACGGAACGAAUGUGCUAGUGCGCUCUGACGGCAAUGUGACGUGGCCAGUUCCGCUACAUAUAAAAAGCGCAUGCCCAGUGGAUGCGACCUUUUUUCCAUACGACAAACAAACUUGUGACAUUCGCUUUGGUUCCUGGAUUUAUGAUAUAUCGCAAAUAGAUAUAUUACUGCAAAGUCGGAAACCAGAUCUUUCAAACUACGUUCUCAACAAUGAAUUUGACAUUGAUUCAGCCAGUCUGACUCGGAGAGUUAUAAAUAGUUCCUUGCAUGGUUGUAAACAUCCAAUGGUGCAUCUAAAUAUCCGGUUGAAACGAAAAACAAACUAUUACGAUUACAUUGUAAUAGCACCUACCCUGAAUCUGUGUGUUUUGACUUUGGCUACAUUUCUGUUACCUUGCGAGUGCGGCUGGAAGAUAGCAAUUGGUCUUACAGUAUUUCUGACAUUGUACGUUCUACAACUAUUGAUUGCAGAAAAUGUUCCUGAUACAAGUUCAACGCCUUUAAUAAGCGUUUUCCUGCUUCUUGUGAUGUCUUUAAACUGUAUUUCUCUGAUCACCGCUACAAUUGUGAUGAACAUCAAGCGUCUAUCCUACCUUGAACCCCCACCGGAAGUACCAAAACGUCUUCUGAAUCUUUGUGAAAAUUAUCUUAGCAAACUUAUAUGCGCGCGGCUAUCGGACUGGAAACGGAUCGCUUCAAAUCCUGAAGAUCGUUUGAUACAUGAAAAUAAGUCUAACCGGGUACAGUUACUUUCUACAGUGGACAGUUUCGUAAUGACGGACAGAACAGAUUCUGCAAAUACGCAGUAUGUUCAGUUAAAGGAACUUCCUUCCGACACUUCCAUAGAAGUGUCAUACUCGCCCGAGGAAAGAAGAAAAGCCAAACACCAACGUUAUUUCCUCGCUAGAUCAAAAACUACGGAAUCUUCAUUUUCUUUUGCAAACAAUAACGAUAAUUUUAUUGAAGAAGCAAGUUAUACUGACAAGCUGUUAAAAAACAGACCUAGCGAAUUAUCUGUACUAAGCAAGCUAGAGAAAAUUAACCAUUCAUUUCAGGAUGAAGACAGCGAUUCUGUAGAAACGUCGUUCAGUCAAGGUUUCUCAGGACACAGGCCGUCUUAUCGGAAAGCUAUUCGAUUCGGACAACAGUACUGUCCUGUAAUGGAGAAGACAGAACCUGAAAAUAGUACUACUGAACAGUCUGUAAUUGCUUCUAUUUCUAAGAAAUACCAGUGGUAUUUUGUGGCUGAUGUUAUAGAUACUAUAACAUUUCUAUUCUAUAUAAUUAUCAUGUUUCUUGCCAUAUUUUCAGUUCUUGUUGUCACUCCUUUAUAUGCAUAAAGCAGUCAGGAGAAAAUAUUUAUCACGACAACACUGAAAGUAUCAGGUCAUUAUAUACUGUCGUAAUAUAGUUAUAUAUUUAUAUGGCUUUGAAAUUUUUCUGUUCCCCUCCGAAAAUAGGCAGACAUCUUAGCAAAUACAAAUUAAAGGGUAUUGCUUUGGCAAAACAUUGAAAUAAAGCUAUAACUUCUGUUACUUAAAAGAUUCAUAUAAUUAGUAUAGGCAGCUCUUUGUGUGUAAACAAACGGGCGCCAUCUUGGAUGACCUAGUUACUAUAAAUAGUAACUCAUUUGCAUAUAAGAAAUGAACUCUGUAGACAUGUGCGGCGGCCAUAUUGGAUUCUAAUUUUAGACUGACGUAUUUAUGAGAAACGUUUUAGUUUAAGGAAUGACCUCACUCUGCUAUUUAUAUCUUCCUGAAGUAGAUUGAGCUGACUUAUAUACUAUCUAGGGCGUGAUCGCGCACAUUGAGGGUCAGGUGCUCAGCCUUAGACGGGGAGAUAACAUGAAAACAAAAACUAUAGAUUAAUUAUGUUUAAUUAAUAAUCAUAUGAAUUUAUCUAUGACUAAAUGAAUAAAUACAUUAUAUGGUAAACAAAGAACUUAUUAAUAAGAAACUGUGCUUGUUUGAUGAGCUAUUUAUAGACCGAGGUCAUAAGUUAUAACGAAGUUGUCGCUGGAAUCCCGCUUCCAUUUAAACAACAUAAACAUUAUCUAAGUGUUUCGAUAAAAUUUUAAUUAUAUGUAUUGUAUAUUUUGUUAAAUAGGUCUUACAUUUCGCAUGAUUUAUUACUUUAUCUCUGCAUAUUACACAGUGUGUGUAUUAUGUCACUGAGGUUUACCUUACCAAAGACGAAAAAGUUCCAUUCAUACGGAUACUUCAUUCAUAGGGGGCGAAUUAACUUACCUUCAUUAUUUAAUAUUUUCUAAUAUUAUCUGAAAGGAAAACAGAGAGCUGCAUGACAUAAUCAUAUACAGAAUUACGUAGAAAUUAUAGUAUUCUAUUUAUUUUGGCUAUACAUACAUGUAUUUAUAUGCCGUACAUGUUAUUACUGUUCUGCGGAAAUGUUAGGACUAUUUCGGGGGCAGUUGUUUACUGUGGUCUUAGGCAUGCGGUAUUAAGAGAAUCUGAACCGUGUUGUUCACUCUGGUGCUCUAAAAUCGCCCCAAAAAUAAAGUAAAGACUGUUUCAGUUAAGCUAACAUUUUUCCAAAACGAACAGGACUAUUUAUUCUUCACAAUGUCUUCUCAAAGCAAAAACAAGAUGAAGUACUCCGUGUUGAGCUAGAUAAACAGGAAAUAACUAACUAACUAACUAACUAAAUAAAUAAAUAAAUGAAUAAAAAAUAGACAGUA